UCCUCUGUAUAGUUGCCAAUCACUCUCAAACCACUCCUACCCGGGUCGUGUUGGAAGGGGUGACGCAUGAGCACAAAGCUGUAGUCUCGAUCUGCUGCGCUGCUAUGUGUGAAGAAUAACGUUAUUGCUGAGCAACCGGGACACACCGAAGAACAACGAACACACAGCGUUGGGUUGGGCAGUAUUGUACUCUCUCACACGUCAACCUUGGAUAUAUACAAUCGCACAGAAAAGGGAUGACGUAGAGUUUGAAGCUGGACUCAGAAGCUGAGCAGAAAAUGAGCUUAACGUCCUGGUUUCUGGUGAGCAGUGGAGGCACCCGUCACCGGCUGCCAAGGGAGAUGAUUUUUGUUGGCCGGGAUGACUGCGAAUUGAUGUUGCAGUCCCGAAGUGUGGAUAAACAACACGCUGUCAUCAACUAUGAUUCUGCAACAGACGAACACAAAGUAAAGGACCUAGGGAGCCUAAAUGGGACAUUUGUGAACGAUGUCCGGAUACAAGAACAGAUGUACAUUACCUUGAAGAUGGAUGAUAAAUUGAGAUUUGGAUAUGAUACAAAUCUGUUCACAGUAGUCCGUGGGAAGCUCCGUGUCCCAGAGGAAGCUCUGAAGCAUGAGAAGUUUACAAGCCAAUUGCAGCUGACCCAGAAGACCUCAGAAGGGGAAGGAUCUAAGGCAGCCAGAACUAAAGCAGCUGAAGCCAAAGCUGCCGAGGCUGGAGGUGAAGGGUUACUCAAAUGUGCAGAGGCACAGAAACUGGAUGACAAGAUGUCAGCGGACAUGGCUGCACUGCACCGGGGAACUCCUUUGUAUGGGCAGCCAUCUUGGUGGGGUGACGAUGAUGCUGAUGAUGAAAACUCCUUCAAUCAGGAAACCAAAGCUGGGGGAAAGAAGCUGGAGGGUGGUGCAUCAGGAGAAAACAAAGAACCCAGGAAAGCAGAAGAGCAGGGAGGGAACGAGGAAGCACUUAUUUCGCUGUGCAGGGAGCCCAGCUACUUUGAGAUCCCCACAAAGGAGUUCCAGCAAGCGGCCCCAAUGGCGGAGAGCACAAUUCACGAAAUCCCCACAAAAGACACUGAAGGGGCCCAUGCAGCCGCUGCAGGGCACGCUUCCUUCACCAUCGAAUUUGACGACAACACCCCUGGAAAAGUGACUAUCAAAGACCACAUGACCAAGUUUAACCCAGAUCAGCGCCCACGAUCAAAGAAGUCACCCCCUCAGGGCGGAAAAGAGUUGUCGACGCUGCAAGCCACCAUGAUAGCCGCUGAAAGCAAAGUUUCUGACUGGCUGGCACAAAAUAACCCCCCAAUGGCCAGGAGAGAGUCCACUGAAGACGAUUCGAAGAGCAUAAAGAGUGAUGUCCCCAUCCAUCUAAAGAGAUUAAAAGGGAGCAAACACGAAGAUGGAACACAGAGUGACUCAGAGAAUGGAGCCAGCCACAGGCACACCAGUAAAAGGGCAGCGCUAGAGGAGCAUGUGAGGGUCUACCAAGGUCCCAAGGGACUCACGGCCGCUUCUGCUGAGGGCAAGGGUAUAGAAGGUACUCUCAUCAGCAGGACAGCCUUUAUGGUUGAGUUUUUCGAUGAAGACAACCCGCGCAAGCAUCGCUCUUAUUCUUUUACUCAGAACGGCGCUGCGGCAAUGGCAGCCUUGGCUGGGGAAGGCCCUUGUCCCCCCCCUUCUCCCAGUGUGAACGGGCUUGUCCCUAUGGACUGUAAAGGAGUUCCUUCACCGCUGGCAACCCCACCGUCAAGCAAACCGCAUCGGAAGCAGAAAUCGGGGGAUCCAUCCCUGGUACGGAGCUCAGCAAGUGUUGGACAACAAACCAGUCCAAACGAAGAGCCAGAAAAGCCACCCAAAGCUACGGGAUCAGUGGAAAAGGAAAAUGAAGAUGACCAAAGCGAUAAGGGAACCUAUACCAUUGAACUAGAAAAUCGCAAUCCUGAGGAGGAAGAGGCGCGAAGGAUGAUCGAUAAGGUGUUUGGCAUAGAAGAGAGUCAGGACCAUUCUAGGCCAGUUGUACCUGAACAACAAAAGGGAACCAUCAAAGACUGGGCCUCUUCAAGAACGGUGGAGAUGAGAAAAAGUCCGUUUGGAACUGCUGCGUUCAUUGACUCAGAGACUCUUCCCGAAGGCCCUGUUUCAGUUGGCAGUCCUCGGUGGGUGUCUCAGUGGGCAAGCUUAGCUGCCAAUCACUCAGGGCAUGAACCUGAUGAAUUGAGAUCAGAAUCACCAUAUUUUGGUGCUCAAGAGAAAGAAGCAGAUGUCAGUGAGUCAGGAAUCUCUGUGCAAAGCAUAACCUCUGCCACCUCCACAUCCAGCCAUGGUGAACGAAAGAGAAGGACUCUUCCUCAGCUCCCGACAGAGGACAAAGUUACAGCAAAGGCAGUAAAAGGUACAACAUCCUUGGGCCUGAGAUCCGAGAUCGGAGAGAAACAGGACACAGAACCCCAGGAGAAAGAGACAUCAAGCCGCCUGUCCCACAAAGGAAGAGAGGCAGAUAGGACCAGCAGGACUGCCCACAAGGCCCCCAGUGAAAGCCAGAUUGUCUUUCCACCUUCUCAACAGAAGGAGAAGUCCGACAGUGCCAAGGGAACAUCGGUAGUCAAGCAAGCCCGGGUUAAAAUUCAACAGCAGGAACAAAAGAGCAGCCAGUCCCAGCGGGCCUCAUCCAAACUGGCUCCUGGCACCAAGCCCCCUGUGAGUGCUGAGAAAAGCAGAGAGGUGUCCUCAAAGCAUGGGAAUUCAGUUCAGAAAACAGGCGCCGACACGGAUCACAACGAGGAAGACAGGAGGAGGAGGUCAGAUAGCCCAAGGAGCCAGGUUUCUAAAGUAAGUGAGAGUGAAAAGGAAUCUGGUAAGCCUUUAGUUAGACAAGGCAGCUUCACCAUUGAGAAACCCAGCACUAAUGUCCCCUUGGAGCUCAUCCCCAGAAUCAAUAAACAGAUGGCGUCUCCCCUCACUCAGGGACGAGAGAGGAGUGACUCUGUAGGCACCGAUUCCAGCAUGGACACCACAGUGCUUCUAAAGGACACAGAGGCUGUGAUGGCUUUCCUUGAGGCCAAACUGAAAGAGGAAAACAAGUUAGAUGACGGGACAGACACACCCAGUUACCACUUGGACAAUUCCAUCUCUCCAGAGUCAGACGUGGACACGGCUAGCACCAUCAGUCUGGUGACGGGGGACACGGAGCGCAAGUCUGCCCAGAAGCGGCGGACACUGAGCAGCCUCUAUAAGGAGAAGAGCACCGUCAAAUCCCCUUCUCUGGACCAUUCCAAGAAUGCUGCCAGUGCUCGGGAGAGGCUGGAGAAGAGAACCAAAAGCCGGACCACGGACAGCCGAACUGAAGCACGUAGGUCCGUUCAAGCCAGUGCCCGUGCCAGACAACCAUCCCUGGACCUGACAGAUGAUGACCAAACCUUCAGUUUACCUCACUUCACGAUCUUGGACAUACUGUCUUCUGAUCAAGAGACUUACUCCGGCCGUUCACAUGGCAGAGCCCAGUUCACAUCCACAGAUGAGCUCUUGCAUUCUAAACUGGAAGCCAGCAAGACUGCCAAAACCAAGACGCUGCAGGCCUCCUCCACAGGUCCUUGCAAGCCGGCCACUUUACCCAGACCAAGACCUACCCGUGCAUCUCUCUUGCGUAAGGCACGCCUUGGGGAAACCUCAGAUAAUGAAUUAACGGACGCUGAUAAAGUAUCAGUGGCCUCAGAGGUGUCAACCACCAGCUCGACAUCCAAGCCUCCCUCAGGACGGAAGACCCCUUCUAGGAUAGACAUGUUGGCCCAGCCAAGGAGAAUCAGGCUGGGCUCACUUUCUGCACGGAGCGACUCAGAAGCCACUGUCAAUCGCAGCAGUGCCAGCUCUCGCACACCCGACUCAGCCUUCAGAAGUGGCCUGAGGCCAUCUUCUGCCACAGAUGGCAAGAUCGUUCCCAGGAUGAGAGCUAACAGUGUCUCCAAACUGCCCGACAUCAAGUCCAAAAUCUCUUUCUCCACUCACAGCUCUCCUUCGGUGAAAUCCCAGCCUACUCCAGAUACUGAGGCUGCUGUAGAAGAUCUAAUGGCGAAUGCAAGGUGGAGGCGCUUACCCCCAGAUUAUGCCUCUACGUCAGAAGACGAGUUUGGGUCUAAUCGCAACUCACCCAAACACGGCCGCCUGCGACCUGGCACAACCUUGAGAAGCACCAGGCUGCAGACCACAGCCUCUCCAGGCCCAGGAGGUGUGGUCCUGAAGCACCGGAUGAGAGAGCAGGAGGAGUACAUUCGCGACUGGACUGCACACAGCGAGGAGAUUGCCAGGUUAUUUCCCUGUGUGCGUAGGAUUAGCCAAGACCUGGCCAAAGACCUGGCGACCCUCGCGCGAGAGAUCCAUGACGUGGCAGGAGAGAUCGACUCGGAGAGCUCGCCCAGCACAGUCCCCAGUACCACAGUAAGCACUGCAGCCACCACCCCCGGCUCUGUCAUUGACACCAGAGAAGAGGUAGGGCAGCCUCACGGAGGAAUGCAGAAGUUGGUGGAUCGAGUAUUUGAUGAAAGCCUUAACUUCAGAAAGAUUUCCCCGGCUUUGCAAAACAAGGCUCCAGAGAUCAAUGGACGACCUGUGGAGCUUCGUCCCCGCACAACAGAGGCCCCUGACCCCCAGGCAGCCAUUCGGAGAAGAACGUGGAGCCGGGAUGAAGCUGUGUUGGACAGUUUAUUGCUUACUUCUGUGUCUCAGCUGUCAUCUAAAAUAAGACAGGCAGUGGACAAGACUGCUGGCAAAAUCAGAAUACUAUUCAAGGACAAGGACAGGAAUUGGGAAGAAAUUGAAAACAAAUUGCGAGCUGAAAGUGACAUGCCGCUUCUGAAAACAUCAAACAAGGAGAUUUCAUCAAUCUUGCUGGAGCUGAAAAGAGUAGAAAAACAACUACAGGUUAUCAAUGUGAUGGUUGACCCUGAUGGCACUCUGGAUGCUCUAAGCAGCCUGGGAUUGACCAGUCCUGUCCUGCCAAAGCAGAGCUCAAGCCCCAGCUCACGAGGCGCCCGGGCAGCAGCCCCACCUCCGGGGGCACCAGAACUGCGUACAGCCCGGCUGGGGCUUAUUUCUGCCUCGUCAGAGUUAGACAGCGUUGAGUCUAACCGUGACUUCAGCCUCCACUACAACAGAUUUAACCCCAGCGGGGAGGAGGGAGACUCUGUGGUCCACGAGUAACUUGAUUCUUGACCCUGGACAUGGGCAGAAUAAAUUGUUUAGGGGAAGAUGCGUGGAAUAUUUAUGCUCAACAAAAAUCCUUUACUUGCCAUUUUACAUUUAUUUACCCCUUUUCUCUUUAUUAUUGAUGAAGGAGCACUUCAGUCACCUGUUUCAUUUAAAUACAGGGUACCCUUUGUACAAAGCGUGUAUGUCAAUUGACAAGGAAAAGAAAACAUUUCCAGACUCCUUGAAUAUGUUAUACUUGGUUGUCUAGUAAUGUAAAACAAAAGUAUACAAAAUCAGUUCUGUGAACACUAAAGAUAUAUAAUAAUGUGUUUCUUCCCCUUUGUUGUAUAGUGAUGCUAACAUUGAAAAUCCCAUUAAAGUGACUUUACUCAAUCCGUAAAUCAAUUUCCAAAUCUUCUCUACAAAUCUUCACACAAUUCUGGUUAAUGUUGGCAUCAAUGUGGGCAUCUCUUUUAGUUUAAGCAGCUUCAAAAGGGCUAUUUUUAACCUACCAUUUUAGCUAUGGGGGGCUUCAUUAAACAUGGACUUUAAUCUAAGAAGUAUAUGGUAUCCACCCCCAUCCUUUGCCUCAGCUUGUUAUGUUCUCCAUGGGGAACUCCCCUCACCUGGUGACAAUGGUAACUGAAAAGAUUGGAACAUUUUCUUCAUCUGAUCCAGGUGUUCUUUCUAAAAGGUGCCUGCUGCUUUGUCAUUAACUUGCUGUUUUAGUCCCGGUAUGUAGAACUGUUCAGCUGCAGGAGCAAAGCAUUACACUAACUUGUCUGGACCAAGCUACCUAAUUCAGAUACAUAGCAGAUAUUUGAUUCUGGACUAAUGUAUAUCCAGAGAUUUAGUGGCCAUAUGCUUGUAGUCACCAAAGAUGGCUGCUAACAACAGUAAAUUGAGUCAAAAGGCCACCAGUGCAACCUUCUAGUAAAUUGAACAGAUAAUGUUUAAGUCAGUUUGCAGGAUAAUAAAAAUGCAGGAUGUGUAACAUUACCUUUCUGUGUCACUGAGAAUAAUAGAACACAACAUUCUAAUAUUACAAAGUCAAUGGUUUCCUCCCUAACUGGACUAACCAUGUUUAUUUACUUUUAAUAACUAGUCCAACCUUACUUUGCAAUGGAGCUGAGUCCACUGAGCAUUAGUGUAAUGCGUCCUGUGUAGGAAACUGUUUUUCUGUCUUGUGUAAGACAAAUGGACAUGUAUGUAUGUUCCUUAAAAGUGCUUUAUGCAGUUUGUGGAAAAACAAAGUUACCUAUGUAGUUUUACUCUGCUGUAGAAAUUAAUAUAUUUUGUUAAACAGUAAGGUGAUUGAACAGAUUAACUGUGUUUCCAUUAUGGUGACUGCCAUUACAAAGAAAAUGUUUGUGGGUACCUUGUAAGACUGUGCUAGUUUCUGUCAUAUCAGUUUUUCAUUUUUAUUAACUGGAAAAAAGCAGAAAUAGCUUUUCUGAGAUGCAAGUCUGAAUCUGUUAUAUCCUCUUGUCAUUAGUGUUAUCAGUUCUGCAUUAGACAAUUGUCUGGCAGUCCUACUUAUGUUUGCACUGAGAAUACAAAAGUAUCUUGACAGCGAGACCUGUGAUUUUUAAUAGAUGCAGUACAAAGAAAUCAGUUUGAUUUGCUGAAGAGUUCUUGUUUACUUGCUAAAUAGUGUAGGAACUGGGUAAUGUUGUCCUAAAUGGGAUUUGAACUUGGAAUAUCACUGGGGUGUGACACAUUGUUCUUAUCCUGCAGAUUUGUAUUGCAUUUGCUUUAUGGAAGAUGGUAAAAUGUUAAUCAAAGUUUGUUUUGAUCAAUGUAAAAUACAACAAAAAUACAUGUGGAACUCAAUAUUGGGUUCUGCAUUAGCCAGUGACCAGUGGUUCCACAAUAAAAGAUAUCGCCAAAGUUUUACUUGCAAGACCCAUUUUGUUAAUGUUAAUUAUUGUGUAAAAUAAAAGAAUAUGCGACACUUAGGAGCCCUAUGCCACCUCCUUUGUAUAAACAUGUUGUUUGUUAUCUUAGUACAUAUGAUGAUUUAGCCAUUUUAUAAAUCUUUCUCCUAUCCAUGGCUGUCUCCAUUUUGAAGAUCUUGCUGCUUUCUGUAGACUUCAUUAGGCAUUCAGAACCUUUUUUUAUGUCUUUAUGUCUUUAUUUGUAUAACCCAGUUUAUUAGAAAUUGCAUUAUACAUACAUACAUACACACACACACACACACACACACACACACAGUUGUAGUCAAAAGUUUACAUAACCCAAUGGAAAUUUAUAACUUCUCGAAAUUUCUCGAAAACACAUAAUCAUAGGAAAUCUUUUGGAGCAAAAGUUUUGCUUCUAUGGUUGAGGAAAAACAGUUACAAGAAAUAGAUGUCUACAAUGAUGUCUUUCAGCAAUUUUUUGGCAAAACUCCAAAAAUGCUAAUUCAAAAGUAUUCAUACCCUGACAACGAAAAUAAUAACCUCUUUUAAACUAUUCGGAUAUUUGUCAAUGAGCUUUAGGCAAGGUUCUUUAGUGAUUUUUUUCUUCAACGCAAAAUUGUUCCAGUUCAUUCAAAUUCCGAGGACUUAUCUUUUAGCCUUCUUCAACUCAUACCAAAGAUUCUCAGUCAGAUUUAGAUCGGGACUUUGACUAGGCAUUCCAGAACCUUGAUUUUAUUCUUCUUUAACCAUUUUAGAUGUAUGUAUGUAUUUUGAUGUGUGUUUUGGAUCGUUGUUGUGUUGGAAUGUCCAGUUGCGCUUUAAACCAAGUUUUGUAGUGGAGGGUUUCAGAUGGUCGGCCAAUAUCUUUUGGUAUGCUAUGGAAUCCAUUUUACCAUGUAUUGGAACUAAAUUUCCUCUGCCAUUUAGAGGAAAAACAGCCCCAUAGAAGGAUAUUAACACCUUCAUGCUGGACAGUAGGUAUGGUGUUCUUUUCUUUGUACGCCUCACCAGACUUUCUACAAACUUAACAACUAUCAGCAUGACCAAAUAGCUCGAUUUGUGUCAUCACUCCACAAAACCUUUGACCAGAACUCAUAUCCAUCAUUCAAAUGACGUUUUGCAAAUUUUAAGCGAUUGUCCUUGUGAUGUUUUCCUAAGAGUGGCUUUUUCCUUGGCCUGCGAUCAUUGAGACCUUCACCAUGCAAUACUCGACCUGUGUUUGAAAUGGAAACCCCAGUCCCACUUGCAGCCAAUUCACUUGGAAUAUCUUUGGCACUCAAUCUCGGAUUGUUAUUAAUCUUCCUCACAAUUCUUCUACUUUUUCUUGGUGAAAGAACCUUCUUUGUUCCAAACCGAGGGUGCGUUGUGACAGUACUGUGAGUCUUGUACUUCUUGAUAACAAAAAAUAGUUGAAAUUGGGAUACAAAUGUUUGGACAUUUUGUUGUAUCCUUCUCCAGCUUUAUGACAAUAAAUAAUUUUCUGCCUAAGGUCUUCGGAUAGCUCUUUACUUUUUCCCAUAUUGACUUCUUGGUAAUGACAGCAAUCAUCUAUGCCUAACUCUUUUAUACUCUAAGAAUGUUCACCUACAAUCCAGCAUUUUCUUGACUUCUCUAGAAUUAGGUUCUGCAUUAUCAUAUUGAAAUUUAUAGCACCUUGUAGACAAUACUAUCAUAGCAAUAAAGGGUAUGAUACUUUUGAAUUAGCAUUUUUGGAGUUUUGUAAACAAAAAAAAUGCUGAAUAAAUAAUCUUAGACAUCUGUUUCUUGUAACUUUUUUUCCUCCUCCACACAAACAAAACUUUUACUACAAAAGAUUUUUCCUAAAAUUCCUGGUUUUCUUGAAAUUUCUAGGAAUUAUAAAUUUCCAUUGUGGUAUAUAAACUUUUGACUACAACUGUGUGUGUGUGUGUGUGUGUGUAUAUAUAUACACGUUAAUUUGAGGUACCAGGUACCAGAAAAAUGCUGUUUUCUUUCUGUUUGGUAUACAAUUGUAUGAUGUCACAAAGUGCCCAGUAUUCAAACAGUUUCAAAGGUUUAAUGAAUCAUACAGAAAUGGGCUAAAUAUCUUUAAUUUGCACAUCUUUCAGCUAAUACAGUAAUGCAGUUAUCUUUGGCAUUCCUGAAUAAAAGUUAAGCCCAUUUGUGGCUGUCAUUUAAAAAAAAAAAUUAAAAAAAAUACAAAAACCAAAACAACUAGACCUGCAUAAUGUUGCCCAUCUAACAGGAAUGUAACACUAUUCGGAAAUGUUGACAUUACAUGGCAUACUGCAAAAUGACUGAAAAUUCAAGUGCUUGGUACAUUUCUUUGUUCAAAAGUUUACACAUUUGUUUUGUUUGGUAUGAAUACCAUUAUCUUUUAUUUAUUUAUGUUAUAUUUCAUGUGUUAUGUUUUGUUAUUUGCAUCUACAACUUUUCAAUAAAAUUGUUUCUGGAUCUAACCUG